AUGCUCUAGCGCAAUAGGUUCGUCUUCGCAAAAUUAAAAAAUAUAGAAACUAGAAAAUGCUUUCUAUCAAACAAAAUGAACAAAUUUAAUGUGUUUUUAUGGUUCAAAAUGAAGAAGAAAAGCAUACAAAGUUGCUGUGAAUGCCAGUCUUUUAUCUGGAGGGGGAAAAUGAAUAAACUGAAGCUAAUGGAAUGGCAAUUCUGCUACAAAAAAGUCGUAAAUUAUUGGGAAGAAGGUUUGUAUAAAUAAUACAGAGAUGUUUAUGUGAUUAUAUGAUAGUUGUUUUUUUAUUUAUUUAAGGAAUUAUUUGAAAAAAAAAGACUAUAGUUAUAUAGUUUGGUGGCUAGGCUAAAGUGGUCUAUUUAAGGACCAACUGCCUUGCUAGGACGAACUAUUUCUUCUUUUAAACAAAUUUAAUUUGUUAGUUUAAAAAUAUAAAAGGUCGCAAAAAUAUUUCACUUUUGCAUACCUGAAUAUUGGGAUUACUUCUGUUGGUGUCUGAAGAAAACAAAUUAUAAGUUUUAAGAAAAAUAUAUUUGGCAAACUAGGAAACAUUGCAGAAACAUUGCAAAAAUUUCAAUGUUUCCUAAUACAUGCUUCUGGAAAGCAUUUAAACGAGGCUCUGUAGCCAAAAUGACAUAUUUCAGGAAUGGCAUAUUAUAUGUUUCUCUUUUUGUCCAUGCUUGGGAACAUUGUUGCUUUGUGGAGAAACUGAAAAUGUUCUUGCACGAAAUUCCACUUGGAAUAUUUUGUUUUCCAAGUGUGAUUUUUGUUGAGGGAACAUUUGGGAAAUAGAGCAGGAAUUAAUGUUUUUGCAACAUUUCCUUGGGGAAGACUGGUCCUGGAUUGAUCUUACUUUUAAAUGGAAUGAGAAAUGUUUUAGCUUUGAGAUGGUUUUGACAGGAAAAUUUGGUUCAAACCAAACAAGGUUUGUUUUGGCCAGAUUUUUAAAAAACCUGUUCAAUUGAAGUCCCAAUGAUGUUAUCUGAGGGAAUUAAAGUGGUGGACAUACGAUACUCUGACAUAUAUUUUUAAAAACAACUUACUUUUGUGGUGAGAUCAACUAUUCUGAUUUCUUGCGGCGUAAUUGUAAGAACAACCUUCUGUAGUUUCAUAUCUCCUUUCGAUUUCUUCAUCUGCAGAAAGAAGCAUAUUUUUGAGGUCAGCUUUUUUGCUCUGUCUUUAAAAAUAAAUUUCAGUAAAGAACAUUAAAUGCUCAUAAUUUGUAUAUGUACAGGUAUUGACUGUUAUUUUUAUAUUACCUUUGCCUCUGCUAUCAAUCGUUUGACCGCUUCAUCCGUCACGCCCUGGCCUUGGGCGUCCACUGCAGGAGCACAGCCCAAAUACUAAGAAAAUUAUAUCAGAUAUAAAUCAUUACAUUUCAUGGUAACUAUCAUUAUACAAGACUCUCCACUUGAGAACUAAAUUAAGUUGCAUUGCUGAUUAUUGGGUGAUACAAUUAUGACUCAACUAUACAUCAAGGCAUAUUUUAACAUGUAUACUUGGGGGGGGGGGGGCAUUUGACCCAGCAGGCCCCACUAGUAGUGGCUGAGAUUGGGGCACUAACCUUACCCUGAGUGACUUAAACACACACUGGGUCCUAAUCUUGGUCCCCCCCCCCCCGCCCUGUAAAAUGUGCACUGCUAUACGAAUAUUCAACAAUUAAAAGCAUGAUUAAAUACCUUAACAUAAAAUGAAAUUCCGUCAACCAAUGCCUCAUUUUCAUGCAACCAGUCCUCUCGUAAAGCUGCAAAUAUCAUUAUAUUAAAGGUUAAUCCACAAUCUGUGAUUUAUAUUAAUCUAUCUAAAUGAAUCAGAUUAGAUUUGCAAAUAUCAGGAGCUUGAUUUAGCCAGACAUUAGUACAUCAUUGUUAUGGUAUCUUGGCAAUUUAUAUUAACUUCAAUAUCUUAACUAAAUUACCUACUGAAAUAUUAGCAAUACAAAAGAGUCCAUAUAAUAAGGGACCCCCAGGUGGACCCCCCAUCAAUGAUGAUCUCUCAAGUGUGAUUGCCAUCAUAGCCUUGCUCUCAGGCAUUAUACCUCAUGACCUUUAGACCAAGUUAGGAUUUUUUGCGUGACCAAUUUAUAGUGUUUACAAUAUUAUACAAUUCCAUCAAUAUUUUGGAAAAUCCUAGCUAUUUGCUCUUUGGUCGAACACAUGCGAUCUAUUAGUAUUGCGAAAGAUUAUCCUUCGUAUUUAAAUACAUGUGGGUCCUCAAAUUAACGUGAUCAAACUUGUUACAAAAUGUCUCAAUUAAUUCAAAAUGUAACAUGAAUCAUUGUUGCCUACGAUCUAACUAAUUUUUACAUUGAAAUUCCAUCUCUUUCUCUAACCACGAUCGAUCAGAUAUUCAAACACUUCAAACAAGAUUCACACAAUGGGAAUAUUUGCUUAAGGACUUGAAUCCCAGCUAAGUCUCGACACACACAUAAGUCAUAACCUAUCUAAUCUACCCCUAUAACACUAAAUCACAAAGUUUAUUACAUUGACUGUGUAUAAGUUUCACGUGAACAGAAAUAUUUAAGAAAGCUUAAUGAAAAUUGGAUCUCAAUAUAAAUCAGUAGCUCUCGACUUGUGUCGGUAUUAAAAUCAUACGCAAGAUCGAGUAUCAGUUUCAAACACCAAAACAUUACUUACUUUCAUGACUACCAAAUUUUCUUUCUAUCUUUUUUCGAAGUACUUUAGGACUUCUCUUUACCGCAUCAGCAACGCGUCCCGCUUUCCCUAUAAAAGCCAUAGCGAAACCACCAAUACACUCGCUUGAAGAUUGACCGUGUUUAUUAUGUUAUUUCCUAAUUGCUUUUCAAGAUCAAAUCAGAGAGCCGUCGCUGAAUCUGUGCUAAUUUGCAUACGUAGCAUCCAUACGUAGCAUCCCUGUUAUUUUGCAUGUAUUUACGUCGUUACUCUAGCGUGGGCACAAUAAGAGUUGAGCCUUGACAAAUAUUGUCCUUCCGAGUUAUGACCUUCCGUUUUUAAUAGGGAAUUGCCAAACACGAAACCUAUGACUUGACAGAACCGAGAAGGUGUCACCUCAAAACUUAAACGAGUGCUGACGUGCUUCGUAUCAUAUUUCAACUAUUUUUAAACUUUCAAAUUUCUUGUCUUUGAGUUGAAGAAGGUCCUUGUUACUUGGUCUUGUCUUUUUCUCGUAUAUUCUCGGUCGACUUUGUACCUGAUCUUUAGAUUCACGUUAGCCUUAAUAUGAGAUUUUUUACAUCUACCAAGUUACCUUUAGUCUUUGCAUCUCUUCGUAUGGGUUCGCAUUUGGCAACAUGGGAUAUUUGGUGUUUCAGUUUCAACGAGGUAUCAGUAAUAUCAAUUAGCCGUAUAUGGACAUAUUCUUGCUGGAACCGGCUCUACGAAGGCCGGAUCGUGCUUUCCAGCAAAUGGUGAUCUUUUCAAUUGCGGUAAAAAGACUAAAAAUGCCUAAAAAGUUGUGAAUCUACAGAUACGGGCCUUACAAUAAAUAUGAAAAACUUCUUGAUUUAUUACUAGUAAACUUUAAUCUUUGACUUUGUUAUGCUACGACAAUUUUAGACAGUUUGAAAAAAUCAGUAUAAGUUGGAUCGCGCCAUCCAGACCAUCCAGCCUUCGUAUACACGGCGCCCCUUGGUGAUGACGCUUAAUUUCUACCUAAUUGAUAAAGCUUCUAAUCUUACUAGUGUGUCGAUGCUACUUUUUCGAGUGUAAAAUGAUUCAUAUCAUAUGUUAGAUUACCCCAGAAAGUAUGAUUUGACUUCAUGUUUUCCGUUUGUCAAUGUCGUGCUGACCACAAAAUUGGAAGAAACAAUUAUGUUCCAAUUAUCUACCCUGUUGAUUUUGGCUACCCAGUCAUAUAUUAUUUAUGAAUGAAACACAGCCAUGACAUAACAUUUUUGGCGUGAUGAAAGUAUAUCAAACGUCCUAAAAGAAAUUAUUGUGAAAGAGUAGUAUAUAUGUCCAAAUGCAUCUUCGACUAUAAACGCUGUGUUUCGAUCAAUCGCAUAUGGCGCAGGAUUUCAUCACUAACUUUAGUGUUAACCGAUCUAGACUUUUCUAGAUUCUUUCGCAGUUUCGCCUACUACAUUGUCAUCAUGUUUUCGGCGAUGGAGGCCUAUAAAUAAUCGUGGGCGCGAGGUGUUUUCCCUCGGGAAAUACUGUAUCAUAUUUCAUCAUAUGUACGUGUCAGGGGUAUAUAUAUCUUCAAGGAUAUAUAUAUAUAUAUAUAUAGGGUCUUCAUAUAAGGGUUGCCAGGAGACCCAACAGGAAUUGCCAAGCCCAAGUGUCAGAAGAGUUUCGAUUGCACACAAAGUCAGUUUUGUAACUACAGUUAUAAGAAGCUUUGUUUAUGAUUGCUAAUUUCCUCGUGAAUUGCUAAUUGCAGUAAAACUCAAUUAAUUUGAGCAGUUUAUCGAGCCCCAUUAAGAAAUCAACCGGCAUCUUCUUGUUGACUUCCUGUGUAACUCUUCGUUGUCAUAGCUUUCUAUCUUGGUAGCUAAGAAUUUUCGGAAAUCACAAAGGGAAUACAAGAUCCUUUUAAACUCUCCAGAAAGAAAUAAUUGUGCUGUUGGUGAAAAAUCAAAAGUGUCGUGAAGUUUUGCUCAAAAGACACCAUCGUUCCUCCAACAGCGUACGUAGCCGUAGGAGUAGUGCGGAAGAGAUAAGCACAGAUCUUUUUCUGUCUUUCACGUGUCAAGUAUAUUAAAGAGGCAGUGUCACGGCGCUGAUUGGCUAAAAUAAACGGUGCAAAGAAACGUUUAAAAUUAAUGCUACAUGAUUGGAAAAGAUGCAGCAGCCUUCAAUUUUUAAAACAAAGCAAAGAUGUCCUGCAUAACGGAGGGAUUAUGAAUAGUAUAUCGUAUUUCACUCCUAACUUGAUUAAUGGACCAUUUGCAUUAUAGACUAAAUUUUGAUCUAGACAAAAAUUUCAUCACAGCUUGAAAGAGAAUCACAAAAUUAGUAAUAUUCCAAAGUUUCGUUGCGAAAUGUUGUAAAAUGCGGAUAAUAUAGCCCUGCGAAGUUUGCCGUUUUUCAGUCAUUUUGUGUGUUGGGGCAUCAAUUUCCCGUUUGUAAUACAAAAUGACUGAAAAUUGCAAAUUUGGCAAGGCUAUAUUAUCCGCAUUUUACAACAUUUCGCAACGAAACUUUGGAAUAUUACUAAUUUUGUGAUGCUCUUUCACCUGUGAUGAAAUUUUUGUCUAGAUCAAACUUUAGUCUAUAAUGCAAAUGGUCCAUUGUUGUUGGCAGACAGUUUUUCAAGUUCGCGCAUAUUUUGGAUGCGCAGUAGAACCGUAACACUGCCCCUUUAAAACGCCCAUGGUACAUGCAUGGCGGACAUAAAACUGGCAGCUAUGUAUAGGCCGAUUUAUACUACACAAACUGUCUAAAACUGUAUACAGCUCAAGUUGUAUGCAACCUGCUUACACAGUUGAGUUGCACUGUGUAAAUGAAGCAAACAACUCGCCCACGUUGUCGUAGGUGUGUGAGAACGAGGAUGGGAGAGGGGGGCGUGCGGGGGAGGGGUGAAAAUUAAACUUUACAGUUUACAAUCGCAAAGGUAAAAGAUCGUUACUCUGAAGAUUGCACCACCAAAGUUCUUUGACAAAUCUGUUCUUGAAAUUGGAAUCGUAUUCAUGUAUUUCUUACGUAUUCAUGUAUUUUACAUAACUUAACCCAAUGAGUGGCAGCCGGCUCUCCCCCUGACGAGUAAAAUGUCUGGCGUUAGACAGAGUAAAAUAAUAAAGUACUAGGGCGCAUGCAUUGCCACUUAAAGGGUGAAGCCGCGGUCAAAUGUGGAUGAGAGUUGCAACUCUCGCUCGUGUUUGACCGUCAACUCUCGUUGACUUUGAACUUUAAUGAGAGUUGAGAAGGGUUUACGCUAUCGCGCCGUAAUAUCCAGUCAACUCUCAUGCAACUCUUGUUAUCUCAUUUUACCGGAGCAUUAAUGAGAGUUGAUAAGAGUUUACGCCGUAAUAUCCAGUCAACUCUCAUGAAACUCUUGUUGUCUCGUUUGACCGGGGCAUUAAUGAUCGUGGGUGGGAUUUUCCAUACACUUGAUACCUAAAUCGAAGAGGUUGCAUGAAAACAUAGAUUGUUUUUCUAAAAAAAAGUCUCUUAUGUCUCAUAGGCAUACUUUGGAUACCUUUCCUGGAAUGAGGAAAUAAGUGUCAUUGAUUGCGAUAUAUAUUGCACGAAUCGAUUGUUUAUUCACGCUAAGUUUAUAUUAAAUGCGGAUACGAUAUCGUUGAUAUUCUAUCGUUAAUCCCGAAAAUAAAAAAAAUUCCCUGAUCCACUGAAGAAGACAGAAGAAGCAAACCCUGAACUGGACUAGUCAUUAGCACCGUACUUUUCUGGGGCCUUUUUCUGGGGCCUUUUUCUGAGGCCUUUUUCUUAGGGCUUCGCCUGUUUUUUAUGCUUCCGCGCUUUACUGUGAAGGCCCGCUCAACUAUUGUAAGAUAUUGGUCCAAUAUCUUACAACAUUGCUGGCUAUUGAAACACUAUGAUAGCUAAUUUUGGAAGAUGUUGAAAAGGAUUAAAGGCUUUGUCUUUAAAUUUCAAAAUCAACACUUGAACCAGCCUGGGUUUCAGGGCCAUUCCUAGACGCAAUAAUUGGGGGUAUAUUCAUAUAUUCAUGUUCACAUACCGUAAAACAAUCGCUUUCAAAAGAAAUCCGUCGGGCAGAACACAAAUAUAUGAAUACCCCCCAAUUAUCACGCUAGCGGAACGGCCCUGCUGGGUUUGAACGGGUUUUAAAUAUUGUCUGGGCCAGCCAUGGAAAAAUAUUUUGGAAGAAUAUUUUAAUAAUACAGUGUACAUGGUUUAAUAAGUAUAGGUUUGAGCAUGAACAUUGUAUCACAAAUAACUAAAAUACAUCAAAGAAAGGAAAUUCAGCUUGUUCUGGUUGUAGAAGAUCUAACAGAUAACAAACGGUGCCAGCUAGUCCUUCAUAUAAACUGUAAGGUGCGUCUGGUGUUCUCGCCCCAUGUAUAAACUCUUCUGUUGUAAGAAAUUUUGCAAACUGCACAGCUCUGUGGAGAUACUUUUCAUCAUUUGUGAGACGGUAGAGAAUUAGAAAAACAUAGCCAUUACCUGAGAAAAGAAAAUAGUAACUUAAUAAUGCAGAAAAAUAGACUACAAACCAAGCCUCUUAACCUAAUAAUGUGGAAGACACCUUUGAAAGUAAAUGUAAUGAAAGAGAAUGCAUAACUUCCUCUGUAGACAUCACUAUGAGUUAUAGCCUGCAAAUGACUUAGGGUUAAAACAAGUUUUACCAAAUUUUUAAUUCACCAAAUUUUUUUCCGAUUCCCUAAGAGUUGUUUGCAGAGGAGGCUAGGGAACGCAUUUGGGCACAUUGUUUGUUAUUGUUUAUCAAAGCAUGGUAUCCACCAUAUUGUGCAACCACUUAUAUCAAAUGAGGAUAAAUAUGACCAUCAUACCAGCAACACCAUGGCAUAUUCCAGGUCCUUUGGUCAGUAAGCCUUUCUCCCAGACUACAUCACCACAUUCAAAUGCAGCCUUGAGGUACUUCUCAUCUGUCCACUGUAUGUAAGCUUUCACCAUCAAAUAUACCACGCCCGGUACACCAUGACACCAGUGUACUAACUCAUCACCAGUACCUUGCUCCUCACCAACUGUGGGGGGAUAGUUGCCAUUGUCUUGUUUGCAAUGCAGUAUAAAGUCAGUUGCAUUUUUGAGGUCGGUUUCAAUCUCCGAUUUUCCAUCAAAGCAUGCAGGAAAGCAGAGCAAUAUUUGAAUAAUUGAACUCAGUCCAUGUGCAGCACCUAUUGAUAAAAAAAUUAGGAAUUUGAAGAUUGUGCAGUACAAGGGGGGAUUUAACAGCUAGUGCAAUCCAAACAAACAAAAAUAUAUAAGUCAGUUCUGAGAAAGCUUCGGAUUGAUAUAGAGAUACAACUAGCAGAAAAAUAGAAGAACUUCAACGUUUCAAACAAAGGCUUGGCAAUCGGGUCAUGCCAAGGGUACCUCUAUCCAUCCAGGAAGCUUUAUUAUUGGCCUACACUGGUACAGAUCAUUCAAGAAUAAGUCAGUUGUACCUAAAUAUUCAGUGUUAUAAUAAGAAUACAUCAAUGGUGACUGUGAUCUGUGUUCAUAUGAAUAUGAUCUUCCCUCUGUGACAAUUGUGUUAAACAAAACCUCCAUCAAGAUAGGAGGGAUGACAUUUUUGCCUAACAUUUUCUGCAUCCAUCUUGCCAUACAGAGAUAGCCUGCUCGACCAACAAACAGCUCAUUUGCACCAUGGCGUAACAAUCUUUGAUUUGGUUGUAAAAGUUGACCCAUCUCCAAAAAUUGUUGAACAAACUUCGCUUCAUUGUUUGCAUCACCUAGGAAUAAAGAUGUCUUAGCUGUGAUAUCAGCUGUAGUAUUCAGACAAUCCUCCAAGGGAGAGUUUUGUGCAUUAAUGCAUGGGUAGGGCUAAAUGUUACAUGGUAGUGCUAAACGUUUCAGGCCAGGGGUAUACCUAUUUGAUGAGAAAUAACACUUGCUAGACCAAACGCUCCAGCAUGACCAAGGAGAAACGAAGCUCCGAUUCCAUCACUACUUGACGGAGACACCCUGUUGGCUUCUUCAAUGGCCACCUAGAAAUGACCGAUUUUGAUAAUGAUAUUUUUCAUUAAUUAAUAUCCAUCCAGUAAAACUCAACCCUGUGAUGUUUGAUACAGUGAGACUGUAAACACUUGUCUUGGUUGCAAAGGCGUGGUUAAUUCCUGUCAAGGACGUCAAUCCUAGGGGGGCCUCCCACUCACUUUUAAUGUAAUCACUUGUAAUAUAAUCUAUAAUAAAUCAGUAAAUUAAGUACAUUGGUUGACUUCGUCCCCAACACACACACACACGUGGAGUGGAUUGUCACUUUUUGGUUUCCGUGCCACCAUGAAUUACAAUUUUCCACCUUGAUAUAAGUGAAAGCUUUUGCCAAUAAUUCUUGCCGCUUUUCUUGGAAACAUUUGCUGCAUGCCAUUUUCAAGAACAUGAACGCAACUCCGGCUAAACCAACAUACAUCCCGGCCCCUUCAUCUGUAUUUUGGGGAGCGGGUUUAAACCUCUGCUCAAUUUGUUGCACGUAGGAUUUUAUGAGGUCUUGAACAAAAUAACAGUUUCCUUCGUUUUGCCCACUUGUUAAAUAAUCAGGCAGAGAAUUUUUGAAAUAUCUUUGUCUUCUGUACAUUUUGCAGAUAUCUUAGAAAUUCUCGUGGAACCAUGAAUAUUUUCUGGAAUCUCUCCUCCGCAAAGUUUCCACUUUUAAAACUUAGAAUUUCCCAUUACAAUCCUUUUAAUUUGUGUUUACAUGAAGUUUUGAAGCUACAUGACAACAAAUUCCAAUCUUGAUUCCUGGCGACCAACGACGCUUUUGUUAUUUUAUAUAAAACAUUUUGACAACAUAUCAAUAAAUUGCAACGAAUGUGUCUUAGUUUGUUUUCCAAACAAUGCCUGAGAUUUCGGAGGACGGGCUUAAGGAGAGAGUACAAAAACUCGAACGACUUUUACGGGUAUGAUAAUUUUGACGUUCUCUGAUCUUUUGACAUGUUGCAAAUUAAAAAUAGUUCUUUUUUCUUCCAGACACGGGAAGAGAGGAUAGUCGCCUUGGAAACCGAGAAUGCUAUGUUGUAUCUUAAACUAGCUGAUGUGAGUAUAAAUAAUAUCAGUAAUAUGCAAGGAAGUGUGGACUAUUUAUAUGGUGUCUCUCUUGAAUCUUGAUCUCUCAGUACAGUUCUCUACUAACUUCUUUCCAUUCCUUUCUGCAUGUUCUUUAUGUGUUAAAUAUUUGUUAUUUUUGCAUGCAGUGAUAUUUUAUGAAAUUAAAUUUGUUUUUGUCCCCUUACUAAUCUUGGUCCUGCCAUCUUAUGAAUUCAGAUCUCCCACCCACCCCCCUGAAAAUAUUUUUCCUCUGCCCUAUGUAACCUUGGUUCUGCCCUCUCCCUUUGGCCCACUCAUGUUAACAUUAUGCCAAUCCCCAUUAUGAACCUUAGUCCACACACCCCCUGCCUUGUGAAGCUUUGUCCCAUCCCCCUCAUAAACUUUGGUCCUUGACCCCCUGUUAUUAACCUUAGUCCAACCCCCUACUGAACCUUGUUCCAGGCCCUCCCCACCCCCCUGAUGAACUUUGGCCUAUCCCUCUUUAUGAGCAUUAGUCUUUAGGGUGUGCUCCCCUGCCCCCAUAGUGCUCCCUUCCCCCCCUCUUGGCAGCCCUGCCUACAUCCUAGAGUUUUCAAUUCUAGUGUCAAGGUUCUCUUCACCACUGCAAAUCUGAAGCAUCACAUCUGAGAAGAUUAUAUCAAAAUGAACUCAAAUCUAGCAACAAAACAUCAAAAAACUUUAAAGGAUUGGCAAAUAAAGUUACUGUGAUCAAACAGGAUUUUGAGAACUUGUCUCAAAUGGUGAAACAUUUGCCAAAUAUGAUGGAGAACGAAAUACACAAUGCCAAGUUGGCUAGUGAGAGGCUUUUGUCUGGAACUUCAAACUUAGAUGGUAAUUGAAUUGUAAAACUUUGGAUUGAUAGGGAUGCAACUGCCUGAAAAAUACAAGAAGAACACAAUUUUUCAGGUAGUUCCAUCCCUAUUAAUUAAUCUGAAGUUUUCUUAUUAUACCAACACUGCCACAGACCGUUCAUAAUUGAAUUGUAAUAAAAAUAAUAAUUGUAUAGUAUUUUUAUCCAUGCCUUUUACCAUGAAACAUUUAACAAAUAUAAAACAUUUUCCGUGUUGAUAUGCAGUUAUAUCCACACGAGUGGAAAUUGGGAAAACUCGAAAUUGGUUUUCACACAAUUUCGAGUUUUCCCAAUUUCCACGAGUGUGUUGAUAUAACUGUAUAUCAAUGCGGAAAAAAUGUUUUAUAUUUUUUUUAUAAUAUAGCACAAAGAAAUAUGAAGAAAGAAAUUUUCCGUGUUGACAUUGAGUUAUAUCAACACGGCUCUUAGCCAAUCGGCGUGCAGUAUUUACAAAUGCUAUAUUAUAAAAAACUAAUGAUCAAUGAAUGUGAUCAUCUUUUCCAAUGUUCUUAGUUCCUCUUCUGAUGCUAUUUCCUCUUCUGAUGCUAUUUCCUCUUCAUUAUUAAACUCCCAUUUCCACUCAGGAAAAUUUGUAAAAUGAAAAUUUUGUUCAAACAAAACGUUGAAAAUUUUCAACUUUUAACAAUGACAUUUUCGGAAAAUUUUUCUUGAGUGGAAAUGGGCUUUAACACAUGAUUUGAGUUUCUGAAUUGUAAGGAAUAUUCAUCUUCCCAGAUGUCCAGGCAAAGUUGUUGGAAACUGAGACGGCUCUUGACGAAGCUUUACAGAGGGCAUCCGCGGAGAAAUACAGAAGACGUACAUUACAUAACGUUCUAGUGGUAAUUGAAACGAACUUCAAUUUACAAAGCCCUGCUCAAACGAGAAUGAGAGUUGAGACUGUUGAGAAGCAAGAGUUUGUAAUGAUGAGAGUUUUUUCAACUCUCAUGGUCUGGUCAAACAAGAACAAGAGUUGCAUGAGAGUUGAUGAGAGUUGAGAAGCGAGAGUUCGCAUGAGAGUUUUCUCAACUCUCAUGCUCCGGUCAAACGAGAACAAAAGUGUCAUGAAAGUUGACUGGAUAUUACCACGCGCAUAGCGAAAACUCUUAUCAACUCUCAUUAAAAUUUGAACCAAAAUGCGAAACGAGUUGCAACUCUCAUCCUUCGUUGGAUGCAUGUCGACGGAAGGCAAUUACCUGACAGACAGCGUUCUUGAUUAAGUUCAAAUUGCGUUCCAAGUUGUGUUCUAAUUGAAAUGGAACGCGUUCCAACUGACGAUUUCAUUUGAAUGUUUACCAGGAAUUGCGUGGCAAUAUCCGUGUCCACUGUCGCGUGAGACCACUCAUAGCAGCGUUGGAUUCUGGCGGAGUUAGUAAAGAUCUUGGCAAGGCUGGCACAGCUUUUGAACAAGUUGUGAAUGUCGUUGAUGAUGAAAAUGUGGCUGUUCUACCGAACAAAACAAUGACUGGUACGAUUCAGAAGAAGAGAUUUGAAUUUGAGAGAGUCUAUGAACAAAACGCUACACAGGAGUUUGUAUUUGAAGAUGUCUCGCCUCUCCUUACAUCUCUUCUUGAUGGGUAAGUGAAACUUUCGUAAAUAUAGGCCUAUUAGGAAGAGAAUUGGAAAAAAUGGCCCGAUUUUGUACCAGAGAUGGACGACCGUAAUAUACAAUUACUUUAUGGUUUCCGUGUUUGGAUGCCCUGAUCCAAGUGUUUGGAUCAGGCAAUCCAAACAUGGAAACCAUAAAGUAAUAGACCUUUCCCCUUAUAACCAAUUUAUCUAGGCAAGUCUAGACAAAAAUUUCAUCACAGCUUGAAAGAGCAUCACAAAAUUAGUAAUAUUCCAAAGUUUCGUUGCGAAAUGUUGUAAAAUGCGGAUAAUAUAGGCUUGCGAAGUUUGCAAUUUUCAAUCAUUUUGCAUUACAAACGGGAAAUUGCAGCCCCAACACCCGAAUCGGAUGUCAAUUUCCCGUUUGUAAUACAAAUUGACUGAAAAACGGCAAACUUCGCAAGGCUAUAUUAUCCGCAUUUUACAAGAUUUCGCAACAAAACUUUGGAAUAUUACUAAUUUUGUGAUGCUCUUUCAAGCUGUGAUGAAAUUUUUGUCCAGAUCGAAAUUUUAGUUGUAAGGGGAAAGGUCCAUUGUUUUGUAAAAUAACAACAACACGAUAGUCUUCCGUGUUUGGAUGGCCUGAUCCAAACACGGAUUUCGACCAAUCAGAGCACGCGUUAUAUACAUGUUAUUUUAUAAUAUAAUUUAAAAGAGUUUAUGAAUUCCACAUAGUUGUUUGUCUAACUCUUUUCACAUGAGUCCGUAGCGAGAAUCGAACCCAGGAUCUCAGAUAUGAAAAGCGCUUACCUUUGUGUAAAGAUGACAUAAAGAAAGUGAUUUGUAUUUCUUAGUUACAACGUGUGUAUCAUGGCUUACGGUCAGACAGGUUCAGGAAAGACACACACAAUGGUUGGUGGACAUACGUUGAAUGAUGAUAUUGAGAGUACUGAAACUGAUUAUUCCAUGGAGGGAAUCAUACCACGAGCUGCAAGGGAGAUUUUCAGGUACAUUAUGCACAAGAUGAGUAAAACACAAAUACUAUAGAGGUAGAAAAAAGUUGAAGACAGAGACUUGAUUAUUCAGCUUCCUCCCCAUUGGGGCUUUUUCAGUGACCGAUUACAUCAAGUAUAUGUAUUACACUUACUUACCCUGACGAAAAAAGUCUAUAGGUGGCCUAUAGGUUCCUAUAGGGAAUGUUCCAAUUCCCUAUAGAAGCCUUUAGGCACCUAUAGAGCUCUAUAGGCUUAUAGGCAUCCCUAUAGGUCACCUAUAGAAAAUGUUCCAAUUGCCUAUAAAAACCUAUAGGUUUCCUAUAGAAACCUAUAGGUUGGCCUAUAGGCCAGGCCUAUAGACUUUAGCUCCUAACUAUGUUUAUCCUAAUCCACCCAGCCAGCCAACUUGCCCUGUGAGAGAAAACCAGAGCACCCCGAGAAAACCCACGACUUUCGGCACAGCGUUGACUGACUCGCGAGUCCGUAGCGAGAGUCGAAGCCACGAUUUAAUGCUCUAAUUUAAUGAGUUGUAUACAAACAUAAUCUUUCAUUUUUUUUCUGUGUUGCCAUAGGUUAAUGGCUGACCGUGCAAAUCAGUCAGAAUCCUAUGGAAUGGAAAUAUCAGUAUGUGAAAUUUAUAACAAUGACGUUCGUGACUUGCUGAGUGAUAAGUCAACUAGGGUGAGUAGGAGUUAUCUUUCUCUGUGUUUGUGCAGAUUUUCUUUAUAUCAAAUAGGCAGACCAUAUAAACUCUAUCAGAUUUAAACUGUUCUCUCUAGAGGUUCAGCAAGGUUAGGCAAAUGUUCAUAAUUAUCUUUACUUUUCUUAGACUGAAAAGAAAGAUGUGUACAUUAACAGCGAUGGUUCGACAGAAAUACCAAGUUUAACAACACGGUAAUUAGAUGGUGCGAUGCUGAGAGUGAUGGUAUCUCAAACGUGGGGUCCAUUAUAGUGAGUGUUCAAAAAGCUGCCGUGGUUUGCUCGGUGGUUUGUGUUUGAACUACCUGGAAAAAAAGAUAUCUCAAACAACGUGAGGUCCAGCGUAGUUCAUACACAAACUAUGGCAUAAGUCUUAUUGUAGAAUACUUCCUGCAAUGGACACGCACAUUUGGGAUAUACCAUUCAAGAGAAAAAUUACUCCAAAACAUCGCACGACUUUGCAUGUUGUGAUUAAUAUAAUUUUAAUGAAUCUUUCAUUUCUCAUGUUUCUUCAGUUCAGUCUCGAGUGUCCAAGAAGUAAUGAAAUACGUAGGUUAUGGUAUGAGAGAACGUCACGAAGAUGCAACCAAAGUUCAUGCUCACUCCAGUCGAUCACAUCUUAUAGUUCAGUUGACAUUGUACACCUCAUCCAAUCACAUCUCACCUCCCGUGAAAGGAAAGUCAGUAGCACCCUCGCCUCCCAUCACACCACGAGGUCUGAAAAGAGGAGGAUCAUAUGAUAAAGAUCCAAGGAGCAGAUCAAAGUAAGAUUAGAUUAACGUCUUUGUUUUUUUUGCUCCAAAAAUUCAUCUGAUGACAUCAUAUUCGGAAUCUAUGACAGUGAAGAUGAGGUCUUUUACUAUAAAAAUUUAAAACAUUUGUUAGAGUAAUAUUGGGGUUAGUCGCACUUCAACUGUUCUUCCUAGAGGUCCAGGAAGAUCUUUCUUUCAAUGAUAUACAGUAGUGUUACUACAGAAUGAAACUGGAGCAACCUGUGAGAACGUGUGGUGUUUUGUUGAGUUAAACUGGAAGUCUCUUCUCACACACAACUGAGGUUGUGGAAAUUGCACUGCGCACUACAUGAAUCGAACUGUGUCUCCAACACCCUAAUGAUCAAUGUCUCCUAAUGCAGGUACUAGCUUUCCGUGAUCUUACCAUGCUUGACUCAACUUGACUAAGUGUUAGUAAUAACUAGCCACUCAAAGUCCGAUAGCCUGCUCGCAGACGUUGUAUUUCUUACGCCAAGCGACGUAUAUCUGACUGUAUAUCUGACUUACUGUUCCAGGUCCCCUGUGCCUCCAAACAACUCCCAUCCAAACUCUCCGUCACCACCUGACACUCCUGCAUCAAACGCCAUGGUAGUAAAAACAAAACUACAACUGGUUGAUCUGGCUGGUAGCGAAUGUGUUGGUAUGUAUGUUUGUUUAUCCUAUAUAUUAUGUACGGAGUUAUUUGAUUUUGUCGAACGUUUGCUAGGUAUAAGUUUUGUUUAAUUUGCAGGCCUAUCUGGUGUGACUGGUACGGCGUUGAGAGAAACAUCUUUCAUCAACAAGAGGUAUGAACUGUGAACCUAUUGUGUUUCAUUCCCGCUUCCUGAAUUAUUAAUGAGUUUGAGAUUUAACUUUACAGUACAGUAUAUAGUCCACAAUAUUUACUUUAUUUACCACAAUAUAUUUCUAGCUUGAGCGCUUUGGCUGAUGUCUUGGGAGCUUUGGCUGGACACCGCUCACACAUUCCAUACAGGAAUACUAAACUAACGCAUGUUCUUCAAGAUACCAUUGGUAAAAAUCUAACUUAAAAAACUAAACUAACUUUAGUUAUACUAGAUAGCUCUGUCAUUUCUGAACUGCUCUUCCUGAGGUCCAGUAAGGACCUUUUAGCCUCGUCCCCAGUCGCUUUCAAAGGGGGGAGAGGGAAACGAGAAAAGUGCAUUGCCCGGCAAUGAUAUCACAGCCACUGAUCUAUAUAGAUUGCAAUUGCACUGCACUGUGCCCAAUGAAGGGCCUGCGGAGAAGCCUGCGGAGAAGGCAGGGGACCUUUUUGGUCCAAGGGUACUGCAAAAGGAAACUGACGUACCCGGAAAAAGAGAUGUAAUCAGAAAACCGCAUAUUACAGGAUUCCAAAUAAGAGGUGAAAGGUAUUGGGUACCGACCACUGUCACCAACACUCUUCAUGGUCAGACAUAUUUAUUUCACUGUAGGUGGUGAUGCUAAGUUGUUGGUCAUGCUAUGUGUAUCACCCGUCCAGAGGUUUAUCACUGAAACUAUGCAGUGUCUCGGAUUCGGGUCCAGGGCAAGACAGGUUGCACGUGGUCAGGUAAAGAAACGAAGGGGAACUGCUGCCCCUCUUCAGCAGUCUAUAGGUAAGUUGUAGUGUUUACGGUUGCUCCAUCUGGGGUUAUGAUUCCAGACCAGCUAGUCUGGGCAAUUUUCAACCCAGAUCUCAUCAGUUGUCUCAUGGAGUGACCAAACCGAAAUCCUCGCGCUGUGACUUUGUCUCGUUCUCACUUAAACCGGUCUGAACGCCUUACUUCUUGAAUGCUUUUAUUCAGCUAGCGAAAUGCGCGAAUUGCAGCAUACUCGCUUGUAAAGCAUACGCAGAAAAUGUUAAUUAGGCUUCAGUACGGCCGUAGCGUAUUUUCUAGAAUAAUCGGAGAUAAAGAAGCCAGGUCUGCGAGGUUGUAAUGCAGUGCGCAAACCCACCGCGCUUAGCUUACCUUGGUUUUACCGUUGAUCAAAUUUGAUAAAAGACUUUGACCUUUUGGUUUCCCUGGAUAAACUGAUUUGAUUGACGUUUUGGGACAUGGCGACUUUGCUGUUCAGUUUUCGCCGGAAGGCCUUGAACAUGUUUACAGCUUUCCUUUUCAUUUUAGGUUUUCACAUUCAAACAACAGCGAACUUUAUAUUUUAUAAGGGACAAAAGUAAAAAUACAAGCUGAUAUACUACUUUCACUGCAGUCUUGUUACAAUUCGAUGAGAAUGUAUGCUCUGCAAAACGUUGCAUAAAAGAUACUUCAAAACGUUGCAUAAAAGAUACUUCACAUAAUCAAUACUUGUCUUUUAGAUUUGAAAGAGGUUAAUGCCGCACUUAAAGCAAGUGGGAGCCUAUCCAGUAAACUUACUGUGCCAAAUUUAACAAAACGUCGUGGAUCUAAUCACUAGGAAGAUCUAUUGUACAUACUAUGACUUUUUUUACUAAGAAACUUAAUAUAUAGUAUGCAGUCCACAUUUGCAAUUACUCGGUAUAUAUUGGUUCAAAUAUCAUGACAUAUUUUUAUAACAAUAAUUUGAUUUAGAAAAAAAGAUUAUAAUCCAUAUUUAAUCAAGAUUUUUAUAUUAUAUAACUUAUUUUACCAAUUCAGUAUUUAUACAUAAUUUAUUUUUUUCAUAUCAGC